AUGCGUCCGACAAAGUCCCUCUGCUCCAGGUCACUGGCUUUGGCCGCAUUUCUUUCAAGCAUCACUCCUUGCCUGGCAGGAUACGGAGCCACGACAAAUUUUACAACAUGGUUCAACAUCACAUCAUAUCCAGAGGAGCAGGCUGCAAACGUAUCAACAUAUUUGUACGAAGCGCUCAGCACAGCUGGUGAUGACCUGUACACCUUUGCUGCUCACCGUUGCAUUCUGGGUCAGGCCUAUCCGGAACUCUCCGAUCUACAGCAAGUGGAUGGCUUCGUCCAGCCCACUCGAGCCUUUGACUCGGUCUUCUUUAUCGGAUCGUCCUAUGUGUCCUCCUGGAUCAUCGACACCGGCGACGGCUUGGUGCUCAUUGACACGCAGGACAACCCAGAAGAAGCGGCAGGAGUCAUUGUGCCCGGACUGGAAUACCUUGGCUACAGCGGCUCCGACAUUGUGGCCGUGAUCAUCACGCACGAGCACGCCGACCACUACGGCGGCGCCCGCUACCUGCAGGAAACCUUUGACGUGCCCGUUUACGCGUCCGCCGUGGCUUGGGACGGCAUGGCCGCGGACCCCAUAGCACCCGCAGGCCUCGUGCCCCCGGUGCGCAACCUGACCAUUGACGACGGCCAGGACCUCACCUUUGGCAACACGACUUUUAGCUUUGUCCUGACGCCGGGCCACACCCCGGGGACCCUGAGCUUCUUCUUUGACGUGUACGACGGCGGUGCGCCGCACGUGGCCGCCAUCUAUGGCGGCGGCGGCAUCCCCAGCAAUGCCACGGCCAAGGACCAGCAGAUUGCCUCGUUUGCCAAGUUUGGCGAGCGGGCCGCCGCGCGCGGUGCCGACACGCUGCUCGCGCCGCAUCAGACUCAAGAUAAUGCCCUGUACAACUUUGAUAUCUUGCGCCAUCGGGCGGCAUUUUAUAAUGUCUCGGAUGGUGGCAAUACCCCGAAGAACCCGUUUGUGCUGGGUAAUGAGGCGUAUCUGAGAUAUUUGAAGACAAUGGCCUUGUGUGUUAGGAUCGAAGCCGCACGGAUUGGGCAAUAUUUGUCUGCGUAA